CUGGUGAAGUGGGUAGUUGUUUUUCUAAGCACUUUGCCUGCUACAUUACCUCGCUAGAUCUAAUUAGCGAGAUUAAUAAAGAUAUCAGCAGUGUUGCUCUGACAGAAUUAUGUCUCAAGAUCCCUGGUUACAGAAUUAUGAUGCCACAUGCCGCCUGGCUCAGGAAAUUGCGGAAAAUAUUCAUGAGAGGAACAGACAACAGAGAACGGGGGGGAACCCCGCUAAGCUCAACAUGACCCUUAGAGCAUCCCUGCAGAGGCUGAAGCAACAAAUAGCCCAGCUGAGAGAGACUCUUCUCCGAGCUGCAUCCUCACGCCGCAUAAUGCAGUCAGAAGCCGACAGAAGGCAGAACCUUGUGGAUGACCUUGUCACGAGGGAAAAGCAUCUCAACGCCACAUUCAGGGGUGAUGUCACAGAGCCUGAGUCCUCAAGGUCGUCCCUGAUGACGGGCGGAGCUGGGCAGGGGGGCUUGGCGAACCCCUGGCUGAUCGACGAGCCAGAGGAGACGCGGGGGCUGGGAUUCGCCGAGAUCAAGCAGCAGCAGCAGCGCAUUAUUGAAGUGCAGGACGCCGGCCUAGACGCUCUCGCGGCCGUCAUCAGCCGGCAGAAGCAGAUGGGCCAGGAGAUCGGCAACGAGCUGGACGAACAGAACGAGAUCAUCGAUGACCUGACGCACCUGGUGGACAAAACCGACGACAGGAUCCGCAACGAGACACGAAGGGUUAAAAUCGUGGAGACAAAGUCAGCCAACUGCGGAAUGCUGGUGGUGAUUGUGUUACUGCUGAUUGCCAUUGUGGUGGUUGCUGUGUGGCCCACAAGCUAAUGAGGACGACAGGACCAGGGGGAGGGGCUUGACGCCGUACCGGUUGCCUGUCACAGAGACUGCAGAGUGAAGACGUGGAGUGAAAUGCGCCCCCUCCCCCCCCUCCACCACCACCAUCCCUCCAGCUCCGCCUCACUCCCUCCAUCCCUUUCUUCCUGGUGCUUUUCUUCUUCCUCUCAAUUGAUUCAUGAAAGUGAAGGAAGCUGCAGCUGGGCAAACAAAAAAAUGGUGUGAAGCCCCCUCUGAAAUACCAGCGUGAAUGUGUUCAGGACAGAGGAGGUGGGGGGAGGGGGGGGAAGGGUCAGCGGUGACCCUGUGACCUCAUUUCUGAGCACCUUUUCUCUCCGAAAUGCGACUGCAUUCCAAUGUCAAGAUCGCAUUUGAUCGCAACACUCUUCUCGAGCCAUUUAUUAGCCCCCAACAGUGUGGCCUGUGGUCAGAUUUAACAGGUCAGUAAUACUGCUAGCUUAGCUAUAUUCACAAAUAUUUACUCUCUAGCUGCCAUCUGUUAUCAUCUGUCCUAGGAUUUUAUAUUGUUUAUAGAGCGAAGCCAGCCGAAAACAAAUGAUACUGUGUUGCUAACUAAACUGUUUUACUUUUCUGUAAAUCAAAUUACCUUAAUGGCUUGUAAUCUCUAAUAAAUUACAUUUACA